AUGGGUGCAGAGCGGAAGCAGCUGCGCUCGGCAAAGAAGGCGCCCGAUGAAGAGCAAGGAUCCGGUGGCCUCUACGGCGCCGUGAACAAAGCCGUGGAAGAUCCCGGAAAAUGGUUAAAGGGUGUGGCCAGGUGGCUGGAAACCUCCGAAGACACAGAUCCGGUCCGGGUCUUCACGCUUUGCUGCGACGACUUCCGGCCAAGGCGAUUGAAGGCUCCGGUGGUUCUCGCGUGGCUAACAGUGCAGCUGCUGGGUUUAAUGUUCCAGGUGAUUCUCUGGUUGGAGGUGGGGCGCAAUCUCGAGGCCUUCGAAGAUACCUUGGCCCAGAACUGUGCUCCUUCGCUUCAGCAGCAUGGCAUUUGCCUUGGACCAGCCUGGAAUCUGAGCUAUUCUGGGACCUUGAGCUUUCCGCCAGGCGAGAGCCAGGUGCCACCACAUCCCCGGAGAGUCUGUAAGUCAAGGUGA